AAGCACCUUGAGCUAACUGUGCUGUGUAAUAUUUUUAAUAAUUCAGAGUUUUAAUGAAUUAAGUCAUAACUUUUUUAUAAGCAUCAACAAAUUCUUAUUAUGAAGAAUGGAAUGUUCACAUUUAUUAGAUAACGUCAAGGUGGAUAGCGAUCUCAUCGUUGAGGACACCGCGAUCACAAAGAACUUCAGUUGUUCAGAAUGUGGUGUGAAAGAUCAGAACUGGCUAUGUCUGCAAUGUGGAGUGGUGAAUUGUGGUCGCUACGUCAACGGCCAUGCAAAGCUACAUGCCGAGUCCCAAGACCACCAGAUGUGUCUCAGUUGUGAUGUCUAUUCAGUGUAUUGCUACAAAUGUGAUGACUAUGUUUCCAACGACACGGAAAAUAAAACAAUAGAUAAAAUAAGACAACAUUUGAUGCAAUCUGGAAAUGCAAAUGAUGAAAAUACAAAUGAUAUUGUUGAAGCAGUAAAUGGAAACAGUAAAGAGGUCACGAAAGAUGGAAAUGCUUCAUUGACUUUGAAUACGUCUGAAAACUGUAAUGAAAAGCCUGAUCAGUCCCCAAGCAGCAUUCAGGAGGAGUUGUCAAACGCAGAUGUGGCCUCUGGCAGCCCGUGUAGUGAAGCAUCUGGUAAUCUUAAUGUUAAUGCAGAAACCAGUGAAAGUAAGCCAUCGAAAAGCACUAAGAAUGUAGACGAGCCAGUUAGAAGUUUACGACCCCGAUCACGCAAAAGAUCUCAUUCAGAGGAUAGUAGUUCUGCCGAGAAUAACUCCAGCCAGCCAUCCAGAACCAAGGAAAAGAAAAUAACCCCCUGCAACGGCAAGAGCCAGAGGGAAAAGAAAAUUGUAGGAUUAAAAAAUUUAGGCAAUACUUGUUUUAUGAAUGCAGUUUUGCAGAGUUUGAACAAUAUACAGGAAUUUAGUUGCUAUUUUAGUCAGUUGCCAUCACUUGAGGUGAAGACGAAUGGCCGGAAAGUGUACCAUUCUAGGAGUUACACGCGACAAGAGAUGCACGAUGUUGUUAUGGCUGAGGAGCUUCGAAAGGUGCUGAUAAACCUAAACACCGGCGGCUGCGGCUCGAAGGCGGCCAUCUCGCCCGAGUGCCUGUUCCUCGUCAUCUGGAAGGUGGUCCCGCGCUUCCGCGGCUACCAGCAGCAGGACGCGCACGAGUUCCUGCGCUAUAUGCUGGACAGGCUGCACACAGAACUACUGCAACUGCUGCCGCCGGAGCGCGAGGCGCCGCGCGCGCCCGCCGCUUCCAUCGUCACCGCUGUGUUCGGCGGCACGCUGCAGAGCGAGGUACGCUGUCUAGCGUGCGGUACGGAGAGCAAGAAGUUCGACCCGUUCCUGGAUCUAUCGCUGGAACUACCGGACGCGGGCCGCCACGACGCGCCCGUGGCGCUCCACGACUGCCUCUCCAGCUUCGUGCAGGUGGAGGAGCUGGCGGACACGGAGCGCUACUUCUGCAGCAGCUGCAAGUGCAAGCAGAAGUCCACGAAGCAGUUCUGGAUCCGGCGCCUGCCCAACGUGCUGUGCCUGCACCUCAAGCGAUUCCGGUGGCAUAAUUACUUUAGAACCAAAGUGGACACCAGCAUAUCGUUCCCGCUGCGCUCUUUAGACAUGUCGCGCUUCGUGCUGGCCAACCUGCCCGACACGCGGCGCUCGGGCCGCGGCUCGCACGCCUACGACCUGGCCGCCGUCAUCGUGCACCACGGCUCGGGAGCCGGGUCCGGGCACUACACCGCGUUCGCGAUCAACGACGAGCAGUGGUUCCACUUCAACGACCAGACGGUGCGCGCCACCGACGCGGCCACGGUGGCGGCCUGCAAGCCCUACAUCCUGUUCUACAUUCGCCGCGAGCCCACGCUGCCCGCCGCCUCGUGACGGCCCGGUCGCAAGGCGCACGCCGCACCGCACGAGCGUGAGGGCAUGUUAGUUCUAUCAUUUCUGACGUUGUCUGUAAACCCAGGAAGUCGCGCAGUGCACGAGCGUGAUGGAAUUCUAGUUUUAACAUUUCUGACGUUUGUAAACCCAGGAAGACGCCGGAGCGCACGAGCGUGAGGGCAUUUUAGGUCUAACAUUUCUGACGUCUGUAAACCCAGCAAGUCGCUAGAGCGCAUGAGGGUGAGGGCAUUCUAGUUGUAACAUUUCUGACGUUGUCUGAAAACCCAGGAAGUCGCGCAGUGCACGAGCGUGAUGGAAUUCUAGUUUUAACAUUUCUGACGUUUGUAAACCCAGCAAGUCGCUUGAGCGCACGACCGUGAGGGCAUUUUAGGUCUAACAUUUUUGACGUCUGUAAACCCAGCAAGUCGCUUCAGCGCACGAGGGUGAGGGCAUUCUAGUUCUAUCAUUUCUGACGUUUGUAAACUCAGGAAGACGCCGGAGCGCACGAGCGUGAGGGCAUUUUAGGUGUAACAUUUCUGACGUCUGUAAACCCAGCAAGUCGCUUCAGCGCACGAGGGUGAGGGCAUUCUAGUUCUAUCAUUUCUGACGUUGUUUGUAAACCCAGAAAGUCGCGCAGUGCACGAGCGUGAUGGAAUUCUAGUUUUAACAUUUCUGACGUUUGUAAACCCAGGAAGACGCCGGAGCGCACGACCGUGAGGGCAUUUUAGGUCUAUCAUUUUUGACGUUGUCUGUAAACCCAGCAAGUCGCUUGAGCGCACGAGGGUGAGGGCAUUCUAGUUCUAACAUUUCUGACGUCUGAAAACCCAGGAAGUCGCUUGAGCGCACGAGGGUGAGGGCAUUCUAGUUUUAACAUUUCUGACGUUUGUAAACCCAGGAAGACGCCGGAGCGCACGAGCGUGAGGGCAUUUUAGGUCUAACAUUUCUGACGUCUGUAAACCCAGCAAGUCGCUAGAGCGCACGAGCGUGAGGGCAUUCUAGUUCUAUCAUUUCUGACGUUUGUAAACCCAGAAAGUCGCGCAGUGCACGAGCGUGAUGGAAUUAUAGUUUUAACAUUUCUGACGUUUGUAAACCCAGGAAGACGCCGGAGCGCUCGAGCGUGAGGCAUUUUAGGUCUAACAUUUCUGACGUCUGUAAACCCAGCAAGUCGCUUCAGCGCACGAGCGUGAGGGCAUUCUAGUUCUAUCAUUUCUGACGUUGUUUGUAAACCCAGGAAGUCGCGCUGUGCACGAGCGUGAUGGAAUUCUAGUUUUAACAUUUCUGACGUUUGUAAACCCAGAAAGUCGCGCAGUGCACGAGCGUGAUGGAAUUCUAGUUUUAACAUUUCUGACGUUUGUAAACCCAGGAAGACGCCGGAGCGCACGAGCGUGAGCCCGCAUUUUAGGUCUAACAUUUCUGACGUCUGUCAACCCAGCAAGUCGUCGGAGCGCACGAGGGUGAGGACAUUCUAGUUCUAUCAUUUCUGACGUUGUUUGUAAACCCAGGAAGACGCCGGAGCGCACGAGCGUGAGGGCAUUUUAGGUCUAUCAUUUCUGACGUUGUUUGUAAACCCAGAAAGUCGCGAGAGUGCAGGAGGGUGAGGACAUUCUAGUUGUAACAUUUCUGACGUUGUCUGAAAACCCAGGAAGUCGCGCAGUGCACGAGCGUGAUGGAAUUCUAGUUCUAACAUUUCUGACGUUGUCUGUAAACCCAGGAAAUCGCCAGAGCGCACGAGCGUGAGCUCUUAAGUUUAUUGACGUGAACUAUGGAAGUCAGGUACACGAAAGAUGAUUGGGUGGAUUAAUGGCAUUUUUAUUUAACUCGAUUACUGGUGAAUUCAUGUCCCACUUAUGGAAAAUAUAUUGGUGAUUGAUAUUGAUAGAUGAUUGAGUGUCUAAAUUGAUAUUUCCACAUUUUUAGUCAUUUUGAACUAACAUCAAUUAGAAGUUUUCAAUCGAUAUCUCAUCCUAUAGGAACUAGGAACGGAGUAAGUGGCAUUUUGGGUGGUUUAGUAUACAAUAAAUCAGUGAACCCUCGGCGCCAUACGUCUUUGGCAAAUAUACGUCAACAGAAUAUUGACCGUAAACCCAGUUAGUCCAAAAAUUGAUUAGAUUACGAGUGACAAUGGCUUGAAAUAUAAAUCCGCAAAACCAUAUUAAACAAUAUCUUUGUCCUAAUUACGCAACGACUUUUUAUUAGAUGUACGACGGUUGCUGAAUGGGAAUUGAAAGAUAUCACAGAUUAUGCUAUCGGGGUGAAGAGAGGUCAUUGUAAGCUUAUCAUAGAUUCAUAUCGAUGCCCUUCUGGACAGAACAUAGGUUAGUAACUAUAUUGCGGCCCUACUAUAAUACACAGACAAUUUACUGACUGUUAAAUGAAAAAAAAAAA